UUCAAAUCAUUACAGUUUGCAGCACUGCUACGUGAAAAAUGCUGAAUCAAUUCGUUCUCCAGUUCUUCGCUGAUAAAUUCAUCAAGAAGAAUCAUUCCGGGAGGGAAUAACGCGUCAGAUUGGUAAAGUUGUAAACAAGGUCUCUUCAACAAAUAAGCAAGUUUGAGUUAAUAUAAAGUUACUUCAGAAAAGAAAACGAUCACCUGCUGAGUACUGGGAUUAAAUGAUGAAUUGAGCAUGAAACAUUGCUUAUUUGAAUACCUAGAUGUUUUUUGGUGAACACGUUUAUUAGAAAUGCUUUAUAGGAACGAAUUUAACCUUUCCACCAAUGGACAACGUGCUUAUUUGCAAUUUUUUAAAUUCACAAUGGAAUUUGAACAUGAAAAUGGCAAAGCAAUGGUUUUACCUAUGGAUGUAAGGGACUUCAAUUCGGGACGUUGUCGUCUUAGCGUGUGUGCUAUGAAAAAAAAUGGCUUGAAAAUAAACGAAGCUGUUUGUAUCGGUUUUAAACGCUGCAAAUUUUAUUGUAAAGUUUGGCCAAAUGUGCAUUCAAGCUUUCCUCAUAAACAAUGCAUGCAAUUUGACCCAAGUGUUGCUUUGCAUUUUGACAAGAACUGUCCCGAAGUUAUGGAAGUUUCUGGCUCUAUAAUAGAUAUUUCUAACAAUAUUACUCCUCUUAAAUCACUCAUCGCUGUAGUUGUUGAGGUAGUCGUCUUUACCACUGAUGAAAAUGUGACGACUUUUUCUCCACGAGUUAUGUACAACAAAGCAAGACGACAGUCACAGGUCGAUUGUAUCCUACGAAAUAAAGUAUUUACUAAACAUUGUUGGAUUUCUGUAACAAAGCCACUCAAUGGUGGGCAACAAUUCACAGAUGAAAUCCACAAAAUAUUUGUUUGCGACGUUAAUGGUGAAAAGGACAAUCAUCAAUCAGAUGUUGCUUUCAUCACUUCCAAAGCCACAAACAUUGCAGUAAAGAGUAUAAAAAGGACACUUCCAGGCUUCUCUAUCAAAAGCAACAUUUGUUUGGCUGCCUAUGGAGACAUUGUGAGACAAAUACUUGAUGCUGUCACCUACAGUUCAGGCAUUGACCAACACAAUCAAAGUUUUUUGUUGUUAGGUCCUCCAGGUGUCGGCAAGACUUCAUUAGUCACCUACCUUGCUAACUACUGGAAUGCUGAAUUAUUUGUGAUAAAUGGUGGGGAGACAUUUGGUGCCCACAUUGGUGAGAGUGAAGCUAAUCUUAGAGCAAUCUUUGAAUGUGCAAGGGAAGCAUCCAAAAAUGUGCCUUGUGUAAUAUUUAUGGAUGAACUUGAUGUAAUUUGUGCAAAACGUUCUCAAGGAAAUGACUUUGAAAAUCGAGUUUUGUCAUUAUUAUUGAGCAUGAUUGACAACUUACCAGCAAACAUGAUUUUGAUUGGAUCAACAAAUCGACCCAAUGCUCUGGAUUCUGCCAUCAGAAGACCUGGAAGAUUUGAUAAAGAGUUUGUAAUUGGUGUGCCUAAUUGUGACCAAAGGAAGGAGAUGCUGGUUUUUCAAACAAAGAAACUUGCCUUAUCAUCUGAUGUUGACUUAGAUUACCUUGCAAAACAGUCACUUGGCUAUGUUUCUGCAGACCUGACAGCAUUGGUACGGCAAGCCACUAUAAAUGCAUUGACGACAAGAAAAGAUAAUGGCAUUAUAACUAAGUCAGAUUUUGAAUCAGCUCUGAAGGCUAUUGUUCCAUCCACCUAUCGCGGAAUAGAUGGUUUACAAGAGAGUGUUACAAUAAAAUGGGAAGAUAUUGCAGGAUAUGAUCAUAUAAAGCAAGUUCUAAAACAAGCUGUUGAGUGGCCGUUUCUUUAUCCCGAUUCAUUCUCAAGACUUGGAUUAUCUUAUCCUCGUGGUUUAUUGCUCUAUGGUCCCCCUGGCUGUUCCAAAACAACAUUAAUACGUGCAGCGGCAGCAUCAUGCAAGUGUACCUUUCUAUCCCUUAGCUGUGCUCAACUAUACUCUCCUUAUGUUGGUGAUGCUGAGCGAAUUAUAAGAGAAGUGUUUACAAAAGCUCGAGCUGCUUCGCCUGCUAUUUUGUUUUUUGAUGAAGUCGAUGCCGUGGUUAAAAAACGAAGUAUGAACAACAGUGGCGGUGUUGAAGGAAGAAUAUUGUCUACAUUAUUGAAUGAAAUUGAUGGAGUUGGGAUAUCUAGUGAUGUGUAUCAUAGCAAAAGUAGGUCAGUGUCAUGUCGGUUAUGUUUUUCUCAUACCUACCGAGAUUUUUAUGAAAUUGACAUCCUCUGCAUCUAUACGUGUUGUAAUCAAUCUAUUCAUUUCAGUGACGACAAAUCUUAUAUGAAAAACAUGAACGUGUUGUUCGUGGCUGCUACUAAUCGUCCUGAUGUUUUAGAUGAAGCGAUCUUACGACCUGGUCGUAUAGAUCGUAUUGUAUAUGUACCGCCUCCCGACAUAACAACACGUACAAAAAUACUACAGCUUUAUUGUAUGAAGAUGCCUCUAUCUAAUGAUGUCAACAUUCACGACAUUGCUGCGAACACUAAAUUUUUUUCUGGCGCUGAUUUGAAAAACUUUUGUCGUGAAGCAGUAUUUAAUGCAAUGCAGGAGUUUGGCAUUGAAAGCUGUCACCAUGUCCAACACAAACAUUUCCUUCAAGCUCUAUCGAUGACUGCUCCUUCACUUUCGCAAGAGCAGAUCAAGAGAUAUGAAGAAAUGUCUUUGUGUUGCUGACCUAAUCAAAGCAUCCUAUGAAUGGUUCAGCACUGUGAAUGUCUUUGCAAGUCAAAAUUGAGGAUGUGUCUAAAGUUGUUUAAUAAAUUAUUUCAAAGUUGGAGGACUAUCAUUGUUAUAUGGAUGAUGACAUGGACGAGGUCUGGUAAGAUGUUCAGUAUCAUCAUUUCAUGGAGGACAAGAUGCACGAGGUCUGUUAAAGUGUGCAGUGUUAUCAUUUUAAGGAGGAGUCCAAUUAUGUGUAGACUAUCAUAUUUGUACGAUCAGAUGUAAAGGCGGACAAGCUGCAAAUCAAAUCAAAUAUCGCGUCAAAAUCAA